UGUGCUAACACCCUGAGCACUGCCCUGAAUGGUUCCCGAGCACAGAGCCAGGAGUAAGCCUGAGCACCACAGGUGGAGUCUCCAAAACAGGAGAAGCGAGAAGCAUUAUUCGAACACCUGGAUCAAGCCACCCCAGAAGGCCAACCGUGAACCUCCCCUUGAACCCUUCCCUUUGAACUCUCUCCAGUUUGACUUUGUUUCGCAUCACUUGGACCGAACAUUUCAGCUGCUUCUCCGCACUGCCCAUUUCUAAGAACUCUGAGGUGUGAGGUCCCAAAGUUGGGGGUCACAAGGACCAGUGUGUUAGAUCUCAUCCCUCCCCUCCCCUCAACCUACUUUCCCCUUUCUCCCGGUAGGAGGAGGAAGGAACAGAAGGGAGGGACAGAAAAAAAAUGAAGAAGUAGGUUGUUUACAAAGUGGCCUCCGGGAAUGUUGAGAAACUUUGGAGCUGAAAGUUCUAGAAACACCAGUGGCUAGCGACUAGGGGCUCCGUCCAGCCUUGCACAGUGCAUCCUUCGGGACUGAGGAUCUGUGGUGCAGGGGGGUGGGGUGGGGGCAGCUCUGGACCCCUGCUGUCUGCUGACUCUUAAUUCGAAAUCUGUAGGUGGGGCAGGGUUGGGAUCACCCCAUCCCCCACCUUUGGGGUGGCUGAACACGGGGACACGUGCCUUCUCCCUACUCCAGCUGGGCAGCUGCUAAGGCAUCUCUUCCCCUUUCUCCAGCUGGACGGUCUCCUGGGAGGCAAACAGAAGUCUCUGGAAGUCCUCCGGCACCCUCCACCCUUAUAAAAGCGCCCCCAGCCCGCCUGAGUCAGUUAGUUGCCUGUAGCACCAUGGCGCGCAGCUGGGCAGGCGUGGUGGCUCUGAUCCUCCUAGGAGCACUUGGAUGUGCGGCGCAGCCCCGGGGUCGCAUCCUGGGCGGCAGCGAGGCGCAGGCGCACGCGCGGCCCUACAUGGCCUCGGUGCAGGUGAAUGGCAGUCACCAGUGCGGCGGCUUCCUGAUGAACGAGCAGUGGGUGAUGAGCGCGGCGCACUGCUGGGACAACAAGACCCAGUUGCAGGUGCUUCUGGGCGCCCACUCGCUGUCGGAGCCGGAGCCUUCCAAGCGCCUGUACGAUGUUCUUCGCGCAGUGCCUCACCCGGGCAGCCAUCAGGACACCAACGAUCACGACCUCCUCCUGCUGCAGGUCUGCGGUCCCACCGUCCCACCGAGUCUCAUCACCGUGGUCCGCACACCCCGCCCCAGCUCCCAGACCCGCCCAGUCCUUCUCGCGGCUUGUUGGCUCCGCCCUCUCCUCCGAGCCCCGCCCCGUUUUCCGGGCUUCCCUGCACCCCUAGACCUGACGGUGGCCUCCUCUCCCUACCAGCUGUCUGAAAAGGCCGAGCUGGGCCCCGCUGUGCAGCCUCUGCCCUGGAAGCAGGAGGCCGGCAUCUUAGAGGCCGGCACCGUUUGCGAUGUGGCCGGCUGGGGCGUGAUCCGUCACACGGGCAGCCUUCCUGAUCGCCUGCAGUACCUGAAGCUGCCGGUGAUGGACCGCGACACCUGCAACCACCGCCGCUACUACGACGGCACCAUCACCGAGCACAUGCUGUGUGUGGAGAGCGACCGCCGCCGGGACAGCUGCAAGGGCGACUCCGGAGGUCCACUGGUGUGCGGGGGCGUGGCCGAGGGCGUGCUCACCUCGGGCGCGCGCGUCUGCGGCAACCCUAAGAAGCCCAGUGUCUUCACGAGUGUGUCCACCUACGUGGACUGGAUCAAGAGCGUGCUGAACGAGACUGCCACCGUCACCGUCACGCCAACGGAGUGACAAUAAAGCCCCGGACAAUAAAGCCCCUUAGCAGCUGCA